AGUGGAGUGCAGAGCCGUGCAGAGCCGUGCUGUACGCUGUCGGUCACUGUGAUUCGGAGCCCGCGCGGUCGCUGGACCCAUCCAAGUGGCGCGAGCGGUUCUGGGCCCCUCGGGCCCCGCGGUCCAGAGGGCACCAUGGACGACAAGGAGUUAAUUGAAUACUUUAAGUCUCAGAUGAAAGAAGAUCCUGACAUGGCCUCAGCAGUAGCUGCCAUCCGGACUUUGCUGGAGUACUUGAGGAGAGAUAAAGGGGAGACACUCCAGGGCCUGAGAGCGAAUCUCACCAGUGCCAUAGAAACCCUGUGUGGCGUGGACUCUUCUGUGGCCGUGUCCUCGGGCGGGGAGCUCUUCCUGCGCUUCAUUAGCCUUACCUCCCUGGAAUACUCCGAUUACUCCAAAUGUAAAAAGAUCAUGAUUGAGCGGGGAGAGAUUUUUCUCAGGAGAACAUCACUGUCGAGAAAUAAAAUUGCAGAUCUGUGCCAUACUUUCAUCAAAGAUGGGGCGAGAAUAUUAACUCACGCCUACUCCAGAGUGGUCCUGAGAGUCUUGGAAGCAGCCGUGGUGGCCAAGAAGCGUUUCAGUGUGUACAUUACAGAGUCACAGCCUGACUUAUCAGGUGAGAAAAUGGCCAAAGCCCUCUGCCACCUCAGUGUCCCCGUCACCGUCGUACUGGAUGCCGCUGUUGGCUACAUCAUGGAGAAAGUGGAUCUUGUCAUUGUUGGUGCUGAAGGAGUUGUUGAAAACGGAGGAAUCAUUAACAAGAUUGGAACCAACCAGAUGGCCGUGUGUGCCAAAGCACAGAACAAACCUUUUUAUGUUGUUGCAGAAAGUUUCAAGUUUGUACGGCUCUUCCCACUAAACCAGCAAGAUGUCCCAGAUAAGUUUAAGUACAAGGCAGAUACUCUGAAGUCCACGCAGACUGAACAGGAUCUCAAAGAGGAGCACCCGUGGGUCGACUACACCUCCCCUUCCUUAAUCACACUGCUGUUUACAGACCUGGGGGUGCUCACGCCCUCAGCAGUCAGCGACGAACUCAUCAAGCUCUAUCUGUAACUGCCGGGCCCUUUCCUGCCGGCGAACAGCUGAUGCUGGGAGCAGCCUCUUGGCCCCUCAGUGAGCCAGGCCAAAACUGAAUUGUUUUUUUAUGAAAUUUUAUUGACUAAGGACUUAAAGUCAUACGUCUUGGAGAAUUUUUUAUUCAUUUCAGUCCCAUCUAAAAUAUGUUCAUGGUUCCCCUAGAACCCAACCUAAAUUGUGCUUAUGGUUUCCAGACACUUUCAUUCAUUUCCAGUUUCCAGAAAUACAAGUUAGAUUAUUGGCUACUUGACUGAUGAAAGAAGAUGUGCCCCGUCCCCCUCCCUUCAUCUUCCUCACACUCCAGACUUAUCUGCCAGAAGCAUCAAUGAAAGCCAUGCAGGCCUAAGAGAGCAGGGGUCCUAACUGCGGCCAGGCGCCCCUCCAGCAACCAACAGCCACCCAGGAUGCAGGCUACACGGUGCCGUGUGAGAAAGGCAGGAAACACUUGCUGAAUCUGCAUCAGGCUUCCAGCAGUGAACAUGAGAACCCAAGACAGAAACAGCGUCUUUGGCAGGAGUAUCCUGCAUGCCUCACCACUUACAAAGACGCCUUCCAGAAUAUUUGCAAACUUUAAUUCUGUAUCUGGGAAAGAUGUGAAUUUAAACAUGUUUGGGUCCUGAACAGCUUUUUUAAAAUUGUUCUUGGGAACAAUUCAGCAUCUUUUCAAAUUGUAUGAGAGAUUUUGAUAUGGCGUUGCAUCGGUACUGCAAGCUGACCCCAGGCCCAAAUGUAUUGUCCAUCGUGGUAAAGACACUAUGCAGCCACCUUCACACACUUAAGGCACAAUUAGAAUGAAAUACAGUUUAUUCAACAGAAGGCAUAAUAAUUUUCUUUUCCAGAAUGACUUGCUUCCUCUGUUUUUCAGAUACUCAUCAAUAAAACAGUACUAGGGGCUGUGCAGGUGUUCUGCACAGUACAUCAAAGAGAGAACUGAAGUCCAGGGAGAAGGACAUCCAGGGAGAUCAGGUGCCUGAAAACACUGAGGAAUUUUAAAAGGCCUAAAAUCAAGUCUACAUCAGUAUCUCUAUGUUAAAAAAUAAGUAUAAAAUAGCCACCAAACAAUGAGCUCUUUGAGUAACCCAUCAAAAUAAAUACUGACAUCUGUUAUUUACACUCAGUUAAUUUACAUUUUCUUCUGUUAGACUCCAAAAGCUGGUAUGUUUUUCAUAACAUAUUCAUGAGCGUGAAACCCCUCACAUCUCUGCCGUCUGCAACAGCAGCUUUGGGAGAUGUGGUUCUUCCCGGACGUCUGCUGAAGUUCUGCUGUUCAGUAGACGCGAGCGCAAGCUAUCUGCGAGCGCAGGGCAGCUCGUGGCAUUGCCGUUGCUCUCGUGCACUUCGCCUGAGCGGCAGGAAUCAGCAGUCAUCUUCCAAAUCUGAGAUCCCCAAAUCUGUCUCGACUGAUCUUGUGCCACUCGUCAACAGCCCCUUCUCGAGUUCUUCUUCAGUAAUUUUGCCUUUUUUAAACUUUUUCAAGAGCCUUGUGUCAUUAAGAAGUUCUUCCAUGUCCUCAUCUUCGAUAUCAGAACCCUGAGUGCAGAAGAGAUCAACAAGCUACUGAAUUUCUCAGCAACAGUGUUCUAAGUGAAACCAGCAAUUUUUAAUCAGUAACUACUUGCUCUUAGAUCAGCUUCCACAAACACAGCGCAUUCCCCACCCAAGCCACCAAGGGAGUAUAGAAAUCUGAGAGUCCUAUGCAAUUCCUAUUAGAAGAUAACUAUACACUACACUUAAGUGAAACUUGUUCAGAAUUCUAAGUUGAGUAUUUAAAUAAUAAAAAUGCAAACUUUA